CCCCACCGCGCGCCUGCAGCCCAUUGGCCGAUCCUGGCGUGACGCACGGCGCGGCGCCCAAUCAGAAGCUGCCACACGGCGGAUCCGGCUUCGGGGGCGGAACUUCCGGCCAGCGGCCCCCGGCGCCUGAUCAUCUGCCGCUACCGAGGAGGGAUUCCGCGCCGUCCGCCAUGUCCGCCCCCCAGCCCCGGCCGCUGCCCGCCGCGCUGCUGCUCCCACUCCUCGCCCUCGCCGCGCGCGCCUCCGACGUGGUGGAGCUCAGCGAUGCCGACUUCGAGAGCGGCCUGGCCGAGCGCCCGGGGCUGGUGCUCGUGGAGUUCUUUGCGCCAUGGUGUGGGCAUUGCAAGCGGCUCGCGCCGGAGUACGAGGCAGCGGCGACCAGGCUGAAGGGGAUCGUGCCGCUGGUGAAGGUUGACUGUACGGCAAAUUCAAACACCUGUAUCAAAUAUGGAGUCAGUGGAUAUCCCACCCUAAAGAUUUUCCGGGACGGAGAAGAGGCAGGAACCUAUGACGGGCCUAGGACAGCAGAUGGGAUUGUCAGUCAUCUGAAGAAACAGGCAGGACCAGCUUCGGUGGCUCUCAGUUCAGUGGCUGAUUUCGAGAAAUUCAUCGGUGAUAAGGACGCUUCUGUAGUAGGCUUCUUCGGAGACACCUCUGGUGAUGCUUACUUGGAAUUCAUGAAAGCUGCCAACAACCUACGGGAUAACUACCGCUUUGCGCACACCAGUGAGGAGCAGCUGGUGCAGAAGUAUGAGGAAGAUGGAGAGGGUGUAGUCUUGUUCCGUCCUCCACGCCUGGCAAACAAGUUUGAGGACAGCUCCGUCAAGUACACAGAAGACAAAAUCACCAGUGGGAAGAUCAAGAAAUUUAUCCAGGAGAACAUCUUUGGCAUCUGCCCACACAUGACAGAAGACAAUAAGGAUCUGAUCCAGGGGAAGGACUUGCUGGUGGCCUACUAUGAUGUGGACUAUGAGAAGAAUGCAAAGGGCUCUAACUACUGGCGCAACAGAGUUAUGAUGAUUGCAAAGAAGUUCUUAGAUGCUGGCCAUAAACUGUCUUUUGCUGUUGCAAGUCGGAAAACCUUUAGCCAUGAGCUUUCAGAGUUUGGUCUUGACAGCAGUGUGGGUGAGGCGCCUGUUGUUGCCAUCAGAACAGCUAAAGGCGAGAAAUACGUCAUGCAGGAAGAAUUCUCCCGUGAUGGAAAGGCUCUGGAGAGAUUCCUGCAAGAUUAUUUCGAUGGAAACUUGAAAAAGUACCUGAAAUCGGAGCCUGUCCCUGAAAGCAACGAUGGCCCCGUGAAGGUGGUGGUUGCUGAGAACUUUGAUGAAAUCGUUAAUGCAGAAGACAAAGAUGUCCUGAUAGAGUUUUAUGCGCCCUGGUGUGGCCAUUGCAAGAAUCUGGAGCCCAAAUACAAAGAAUUGGGGGAGAAGCUCAGUAAAGACCCCAGUAUAGUCAUUGCCAAAAUGGAUGCUACAGCCAAUGACGUGCCUUCCCCAUAUGAAGUCCGAGGCUUCCCCACCAUCUAUUUUGCUCCAGCUGGCAAGAAGCAGAGUCCAAAGAAGUAUGAGGGUGGCAGGGAAGUGAGUGACUUCAUCAGCUACUUGAAGCGGGAGGCAACCAACACUCCCGUGCUCCAGGAGGAAGACAAAGCCAAGAAAUCCAAGAAGAAGGUGAAGGAGGAUUUGUAAAGCACUCACUCGCCAUCCUUUUGGGAUGAGCUCUGUGUGAAUUGGGGAAGCACUGGGCAGUCUGGGGCCAGUUGUGGUUGUGGAGAGCCAAUGACCGUGUGGGCUGCAGGGACCCAGCUGCUGUAUCUUGUUCUGUUUCAUUUCUUACCGUCUCUUAGCUGCACUGCUGUGGGGCUCCCAGACUGGUUUGUUUUGUGGCUUGGGAGGGGGCGGGGGGUAAGGUUGUUUUCUAAUUUUUUUUUGUACAUUUGGAGAAGUGACACAAUAAAAUGACCCCUUAAGACCA